AUGGCUCUGUUACCAAUUUCAAUCCGUGGUUUCGUUCUAUUUCUCACACUUGUUCAAUCUGUUUCACUUUAUAGAAUCUAUGCAUUGAAUGAUAACCGAGCGAACUCAUUACGUCAACCAGUAUCAUCUACCAUUGAUGAUGAAUUAAAUCAAGAAUUACUUCAGAAAUAUCUUGGACAUGAUAAUGAAGAUGUGAAUCUCAAUGAAAACACAUACGACAACAGUGCUCAGUUACCGUUAUGGGCAUUACCUUCGUCGAACUUGGGAGAAGAGCCAGUAUGGGCAUCUUCGAAUUCACUUCGAGUCCGUUCAGUCAAACCAUUGCCACAACGUCGCAAUAAUCGACCGCAUUGGAAUCCACUUGUUGCUGCGUAUAAACGAUGCGGAGAAUUGUUUACACGUGAAGAGCGGGAAACAUGCUUCAAAGAUGCCAUUCAAAUGCUUUUUGUGCAUAAACUUAGAAAAUAA